GUUCUCCACGGCUUCUCCAGACCCUUUCAUGUCUGUCACUCCAGAAACCACUAAACAGCUCAUCCACUCCCUCAUCAUAUCACGACUCGACUACUGCAACUCCCUCCUCACUGGCCUGCCUCACCACAGGCUAUCCCCACUUCAGUCGGUCCUGAAUACGGCUGCCAGACUCAUUCACCUUUCCAACUGCUCCAUCUCCGCCACCCCCCUCUGCCAAUCCCUCCACUGGCUCCACCCCCCUCUGCCAAUCCCUCCACUGGCUCCACCCCCCUCUGCCAAUCCCUCCACUGGCUCCACCCCCCUCUGCCAAUCCCUCCAC